AUGUUUGAAUACGACCGCUUGGCGUUAGAUGUCGCAGAGCAAUUUGCGCAAAUUCGAUCAAAUGCAGUAGCAAAUUCACCAACGCAAAUUUUCGAUCCUUUUAGAACUGUUAGUGGAUUGUGCUUUUCGCCCUCCGGCUCGGAUGUUCUUGAUUGCGGGACGAGUUCCGGGUACGGCAGUCCUGGAACUGGCGAGACACCGCUAUCAAGCCCUGCACCGCAAGUCUUUUCGUUGCCUAGUCAUGUCCAGCGUGCACUUUGUGAUCCGGUAUCCUGUGACGAUUGCGAAAAUGUUGCAGCAUCGCUUGGUCCAACCAUUAUCUAUAAUGAGCACAACAAAAAGUCUCUAAGUUCGGAGAACGACGAAAAUUUGCCAUCACAAGCAGCACAGGAAGAUGGAUUCUCGUCGGAUGAAAUUGCUCAGUUCACACAAUUGCUCUGUUCGCCAAAAAAGGCUCCACCAUCCAAGUACCAAUGUCACAUUUGUUACCGCACUGGACACUAUAUUUCCGAUUGCCCGAUGCGUUUUAACAGUCCAUACGAGGAGUUAACCCCAUAUCAGGGUCGGAAGAAGUGCUACGGUGAAUUUCAGUGCCAACAGUGUAAGAGAAAAUGGACAAGUCAAAAUUCUGUUGCUAAUGAAGCACAAAGCUGCAUUAAAUGUCACAUCUCGGUCUUUCCUCAUAAACAGCUGCCCGUCGAUAAAGCCGUAGCGAUGGGUUUGGUAAAAGCACAACGUGUUAUUCCAACCAAACUGGGACCCAUUGGAUACGGUCGACCUCCGUUCAAUACUAAUCGGCAGUAA